GCAAGCGGGGGUGCCGGUGUCGGCCAUGAAGAUGGUUAACGGAGGAGGAGGUGCUGGGGGAGGCGGAGGUGUGGGAGGAGGAGAAAAAACUGCUUUCUCCUUUAAGAAGUGUUCGGCAUUUCAGUUUGUCAAGAGAAAGGUAAGGCGAUGGAUGAGGAAUCCCAAGGUGAACGUGGAAAAAACCCAGGGGAAAAACCUUCUCUAUCAAUGCCCAAGGUGUCCACUGGCUGAGGACCUGUGGUACACGCACUACCCUUCACCGUACGGCUGCUGUCACUAUGCAGGCUUGCAAGGAUGCCAUUAUUACCACCAGGAGCCGUGCUCGCCGUGCACCAAAACAGGGCAACCCAGCGGGCGUGAGAAAGCCAAAAGCUGCAAGGUAAGGAAGUGGAGGAUGCUCUCACGCCAUCAUAACGACAGCGCAGUCAAACAGAAGGAGUUGGAGUCAGAUGUUCACAUGGAAGGUUGUCAGUGCUGGGCGCUUCACACAUCACCACUUCUGGCCAGCCCAGUGAUCCUGGAGUGCUCCAUCUGCAGCGGACCCUACAUCAGCUAUGCCAUGGAGGAUAACUGGCAGCCACGACAACGAACACAGGCGAUGGACCUGUACUAUCAUAAUGAUUCAGACCCGGACAGCUACUGUUGCCCUGGCGACGGCACUUUUAUGAAACAGAGGAGGAUGGGUCUAAAUGACUUUAUUCAGAAGCUGUCCACAAACUCCUACGCCUGCAAGCAUCCUGAGGUGCAGUCUAUCCUGAAUUUGACUCCUCCACAGGAUCCUGAGCUCAUGAAUUCAAACCCCUCUCCUCCUCCCAGUCCAUCCCAGCAGAUCAACCUUGGGCCAUCAUCUAACCCCUCAGCUAAGCCAAGUGACUUCCACUUCCUGAAAGUUAUUGGAAAGGGCAGCUUUGGCAAGGUGCUUCUCGCCCGUCACCGCACAGAUGACCAGUUUUACGCAGUCAAGGUGUUACAGAAGAAGGCUAUUCUCAAAAAGAAGGAGGAGAAACACAUCAUGUCAGAGAGGAAUGUACUGCUAAAGAAUGUCAAACAUCCAUUUUUAGUGGGUCUGCAUUUUUCCUUCCAAACUGCAGACAAACUCUACUUCGUCUUGGACUACAUCAACGGAGGAGAGCUGUUCUACCACCUCCAAAGAGAGCGCUGCUUCCUGGAGCCCAGAGCUAGGUUUUACGCUGCAGAGAUCGCCAGCGCACUGGGGUACCUGCACUCCCUCAACAUCGUCUACAGAGACCUAAAGCCAGAGAACAUCCUGCUGGACUCACAGGGCCACAUAAUCCUCACAGAUUUUGGCCUCUGCAAGGAGAAUAUCGAACCCAAUGGGACUACGUCGACGUUCUGUGGUACGCCAGAGUAUUUGGCUCCUGAGGUGCUACACAAGCAACCAUACGACAGGACAGUAGACUGGUGGUGCUUGGGAGCUGUUCUAUAUGAAAUGCUGUAUGGCCUGCCUCCGUUCUACAGCCGAAACACAGCAGAAAUGUACGACAACAUCCUAAACAAGCCUCUUCAACUGAAACCCAACAUCUCCAAUUCAGCCAGACAGCUUUUGGAGGGGCUGCUACAAAAAGACCGCACCAAGAGAUUGGGCUGCACAGAGGACUUUAUUGAAAUCAAGAAACACAUGUUUUUCUCUCCUAUCAACUGGGAUGACCUCAACGCCAAGAAGAUAACGCCUCCCUUUAACCCUAAUGUGACGGGACCUAAUGACCUGCGGCACUUUGAUCCAGAGUUCACGGAUGAGCCGGUUCCCAACUCUAUCGGCUGCUCCCCAGACUGCGCCCUCUCCACUGCCAGCAUAAAAGAGGCAGCUGAGGCCUUUGUGGGCUUUUCUUAUGCCCCUUCCAUGGACUCCUACCUAUAGGAUUCAAAUGGAAUCCAGUACGGACACUAGUUUUCACUCACUGGACAUAGAUUCACUGUGUCAUGUUGUGGACUUGACUUGCAUCUUGACCUCCACCUAUUGUUUCCCAUCAGAUUGAUGGUUUACUCCCAAACCAAGCCCCGUGAUGCACUUCAGCAGCAUGAUGACUUAUCAUAUUCGCUCUAAAACUUGAGUGUUUUCUUUUUUUAAACACUUGCACAGAGGGGAUAUCUGCUGUAAUUAACUGGUUGGGAUUAGUUUUCUCCUCCAUUCCUGAAUCCCCUUUUAGUCUUAAAUUCCCAUCACAAACUGGUUGGUGGAGGAUUUUUGCACAUAGCUCAGGCAGCUUAACGGCUUCCUAUAUGUCCCAACUGACAAGCACACAAACAAAAUGUCCACUCUUUUUAAAAAAAAAAGGAAUAACAACAAGCAAAAUAAUAAAAACCAAACCUGGAAUAGGUUUUCAUUCCAUGGAGUGAAACAUCUUCCCUCCAAUUACCCAGGGGGAGCUACUUUAUCUAGCCUUGCCAGAGAUGUUAUACAUUUUUGGUACUUUUUUUUUUUUCAUUAAAAAGGGAGUCAGAAGAAGCUGAAUGUUACAGAGAAGGAGUUUAAUUUCUCUUGGAGGUGUUUUUUUUUUCUUUCUUACCUCUCCAUCAGAUUCCAAAUCAUUUGGGGUUGUUUUUUUUUCUUUGUGGACAUUGCAGUUUCGUAGACCUAAAUCAGGUGAACUGGGAUGAUUUAUCAUCAUUUACUGAAUAUUGUAUAUUUUUUCUGUAAGCAUUAAAGUGUAGCACUAAGUUCAAACUUAGCGGGACUCAAACGAUGCAUCAUACCUUCAUUUGCACAUUACCACUGAUGGAGACGCUGAAAGACUGCACUACUGCUGGGUUCAGAAUGAACGGCAUGAGUCGAGAAGUAUUCCUGUACUUUUAGCUUGCCAUCCUCCCUCAUUAGUCUUCCAAAUUGCCUCACACUGAUGUAACAAAAGCCUGCAGACAGGCUCAAACAUUUAAAAUGGAACAUUCCACUUUAAUAUUGCUGUUAUGCAUUUUUGACGGUAUUUAAAUUUCUUGUAUAUUUGAAGUCAUGUGUACUAGUUUUAAUGUAUAUGGAACAAAAAAGUGACUAAAGGUAUGCUAUAAUAUGUAUAUGUAACUAUUCAUGUUUAAUGUACUGUAAAUUGUAAAAUUGUUUAUGUGACCAUGUUUGGUUUGGAAUAAAAGUUUAACUUUAUUACA